UUUUUUUUUUUCAUUUCACUUCUGCCUUCCAAAUACUCCUACUAUGCUAUUUGGCCUAUAAAUACCAUCGCUCGCAACUAUCCUUUCAAGAAAUACACAGAGAGAAAAAGAGAUCCGGUGACAGGUCCGUACUAUCGUUACCAAAGCUCCUUAAUUUUUCUAGGGUUAUGUUAUUUGAAUGAUGAUUAUGUUUUGUGGUUGCUUACAUCCACAAUAAUCUCUGUUUCACAAAAUUUAUGUUAGGGUGACCUCUUAAUUUCUUUGUUGGAGUACAAUGGCUUUCUUUGUUGGAAAAGGUCCAUCUGAUGUUGACGAUGACGAUGAUGUUGACUCAUCCUUCAUUGAUCCAGAUAUCAUCUUUGAUGGUUCUCAUUCAUUUUAUGGAAAAUCUGGCUCUGAGCGUCAGUUGAUAGAAAUAUCUAUUGAAGAUUUAGACGCUUAUGUUAACAAUCAGAAGUUGUUAAUGGCACUUGAUAAAGAGGAUAGUCCUACUAUCCCCAGUGAAAAUGCUAAUGGGAACCAGAACUUGAGAUUCCGAGGAGUCAAAAAUGGUGGAUUGGAAGGAAUGCAUGGUACUAACUCUAUGGCUAGGGGUAACACCAGUGAUGGGGGAGGCCAUUCCCUUACCAUGAAGCACAGUCCAGGUGGCAAAAUGGAUACAUAUCAGGCUUUACACAAUAAUGAUGAAGAUGGCGCUUUUAUUGAAGAAGCUCAGAGGUCUCUUCAUGCCUGGGAGAUGAAUUCGCUCAGCUAUAAAGAGUGGAGCAGCAAUGAAGAAAAUGACGACAUCUCGCCUUAUUUGGUUGGGAUUGGCCAUCGGCCAAGGACUUUGAAAGGAAGGCGUGGUACUUCCUCUAUGGCUAGGGGUAACACCAGUGAUGGAGGAGGCAAUUUCCAUACCAUGAAGCACAGUCUAGGUGGCAAAACGGAUACAUAUCAGGCUUUCCGCAAUAAUGAUGAAGAUGGGCUUGCUUUUAUUGAAGAAACUCAGAGGUCUCUUGAUACCUGGGAGAUGAAUGUGCUCAGCAAUAAAGAGUGUAGAAGCAGUGAUUGGAUUGGUUUGAAUCUGGCAUCUGCCGAGGACUUGAAACAUGCUCUAGAGUGGAGCAGCAAUGAAGAAAAUGAGGACAUCUCGCCUUAUUUGGUUGGGAUCGGCCAUCAGCCGAGGCCGAGCACUCUUUCUUCUGAGCAGAAAGCCAAAAAAAGACAGAAGCGGAAGAGACGACACCAGAUACUGAGCUAGGACUCUUUCUUCUGAGCAGAAAGCCCAAAAAAAAAAUAAA